AAAGGCUGUUCGUUGGGCAUUUCCUUGUCUUCAUCUCUCUCUCCUCUCUUCUUUUUCUCUAUAUAAUUCUCAUCUCUCACAUUUUUCUUUUAUUGCAUUCUCCAACUAAACCUCGAAUUCCAUUUACCUUCCCUCUGUUUUCUUCUUCUUCUUACUAUCUUCAAUAGCAAUGGAUAACACCGACCGUCGUCGCCGUCGUAAGCAACAGAAAGUCAGUCUCCAUGACUCUGAAGAAGUGAGCAGUAUCGAAUGGGAGUUUAUCAACAUGACAGAACAAGAAGAAGAUCUCAUCUGUCGAAUGUAUAGACUUGUAGGUGACAGGUGGGAUUUAAUAGCAGGAAGAGUGCCAGGAAGACAACCAGAAGAAAUAGAGAGAUAUUGGAUAAUGAGAAAUAGUGAUGGCUUUGCGGAGAAACGACGCCAACUUCAUCACUCCUCUCACAAAAAUACCAAACCUUACCGUCCACGUUUUUCAGUUUAUCCUUCUUAGUAUUUAAUGUCAUUAUAUUUUAUUCUGUUUUCUGCCCCCAGCCACAAAAAAAAAGAAAGAUGAGUUGUAGUAUUAUUAAGGGUAACGUUUAAAAAUAUUAGCGUAACGAAAUUAUUAUGUUUGUAUGUCUUUUUGUUGUGCUUUAUGUUUUAAUUAUAUAGGUUUCAAUUCGUAUUUAGAAAAGGUUUCAUUUAGCAAUCAACUAUUGAUCAGUGUGCU